AUGAAAAAACUGUUUGCCAUUGUUUACGUUCAUUCAGCCCCAGGAAAUUACAAACGAAGGCAGCUGAUCAGAGAGACCUGGGGAAAUCCAAUCUACCAUAUUUGUCCCAUCAAAAUCCUUUUUUUCAUUGGCCUCCCAAAACCGAAAGAAGAUACGCAAUGGUUUUUAAAGCAGGAAUCAGACACUUACAAGGAUAUUAUCCAGGAAAAUUAUUACGACGACUACCACAACCUGACGUACAAAGCGGUGGGAGCGAUGAAGUGGGUCUCUGAGUACUGCAGCCACGCGAGGUUCAUCAUCAAGACUGAUGAUGACAUCGUCGUCAACAUUUUCCUUCUCUUCAACUACCUCGACAAGCAGAUGCUUACAACGAAUACAAUAUUCUGCCGCGUGUGGAGUAGGAUGUUGGUCAUGAGAGAGGGCAAAUGGAAAGUGGACGUAGAAGAUUACCCGGAUGAACUCUACCCGAGGUACUGUUCAGGGAGUGCCUUCGUCAUGACCUCUGACCUCGCCCAGAAACUCUACAACACCUCACACUACGUGCCAUUUUUCUGGGUCGACGACGCCUACCUAACCGGCUUCCUACCAAGAAAACUCACCAACGUAACGCACGUUUCUCUUCAGAAAUACUACCACUUUCAGUUCUCACUUUUUAUGACAGGUAGUACGGCAAAAAAGUUCAUGUUCAUACAUUCUUACAUCGAGUUAUUUACGAGGAAACUCUGGAGAGAUAUCGUUAAACUCGAAGUCGGCUCGAUUUCGUGA